AUGACAUGGGGUUGGAGGAAACUUCUUGCGAGUAGGAGCCUUGUUCGUCCUUUUAUAUGGAAAUCUAUUGGGAAUGGUGCUGAAACAAAUGCUUGGAGUGAUACUUGGUGCAACAUCGGUCCUCUUCGAGCGUUCAUUUCUCCUAGGCGUAUUGCAAAUGCAGGUUUCAGUUUGCAGUCUUCGUUAGCUGAGCUGGUGUCUCAUGAUGGUCAGUGGAACUGGCCGACUGCCUGGUAUAACCUGUUUCCUGUCCUAAUUAAUAUAGUAGCGCCUACUUUAUGUAGCAAUUCUCGUGAUCGAUUGGUUUUGAAAGACUUGGAAGGCAAUAAUCGUCCAUUUUCUUCUUGGGAGGUUUGGAAUAAUAUUCGGUAUCAUGCUAGUAAAGUGCAAUGGGGGAAUAUGGUUUGGUAUAAACAAUGCAUUCCUAGGCAUGCGUUUCAUAUAUGGCUUGUUAUCCAGAAUAAAUUGAAGACGCAGGAUCGGCUCUCGGUUUGGGAAGCGGGAAGUGAAACAAAUUUGAAUCUCAUGUGUUGUCCUUUAUGCUACUACAACAGGGAUUCGAGGGACCAUCUAUUCUUUGAAUGCUCUUUUGCUAUGCAGGUUUGGAACAAAGUUAGGAGCUUCACUAAUAUGGGGGAUGUCAAUGGCGAUUGGAGUGAUAUCAUGGCUUGGAUGAAUCAUAAUUCGUCCCUUCAGAAACCUGAUAAUGUGAUUAGUAGGUUGGUCGUUGCGGCUGCAACUUACUUCAUUUGGCAAGAACGUAACAGCCGGCUGUUUUCAAGGAACCAUCGGACGGCUAUGGUGGUAUCUCAUGAAAUUCUUACUACGGUCCGAGUGCGGCUUCUGUCUCUUAAGUUCAAACGGCAAUUUGAGAAUCGGAGCUUGGUGGAUAAAUGGAAGAUUCCUGACAACAACUUGGAGCUUGAACCCGGCUAG